AUGAAAGAAUACAGGAAGAAUAGUUGUAGUUAUGCAGCAGUUGAGCCCGAGGAGUUGUUGCAGUGGGCAAAUGCAGAGCUGCCUGCCGACGGAGAGCUGGUGGAUGUCACGGUCACCGUGAUAGAGAGCCCCACAGAGUUCUUCUGCCACCGAAGCAGCUCCCAAGGCACUCGCACCCUGGCAUCGCUGAUGGCUGACUUGGAAAAGCACAGUCAGAGCAGUGACGCCGUCCUGGUGGCCAGUGUGGGACGGCCCUGCUGUGCCCAGUUCCCAGGCGAUAGGUUCUGGUACCGGGCCAUGGUCCAAAGCAUGUUGCCAGAUGGGAAGGUGGAGGUGUUCUUUGUGGACUAUGGGAACACCUGUGUUGUGGACUGGGCCGACCUCAGGAGCAUCCACCCUGAACACCUGAAGGUUCCCUUUCAGGCCCUGCGGUGCUGGCUUGCAGGUGUGGAGCCCCUGGGGAGACAGUGGUGGGUUAACCCUCUGGGGUCGACGGCAUCAUCGGCGAUGCCGCGUGUUUUUGUCGUGUAUUUCAGUUCAUAA